AUGUCAGCCACUCCACCUUCCAUGCAGCUCUGGCCAUUGCUGGCGAUAUUCGCGUCAUUUUUUGAAUUUUUGACCGUGUUGAAGGACGUUCCAAGGCGGCCCGACACGUUGAGUAUUGAGGAUUCGUCGCAACAUUACACUGUCGUGCCCCUUGCUCUGGGCCAAAUAUUACGAGAAUAUUCCGUUACAGAGCUCCAUCUUUCACUCAACGCCGGAAAGUGGAAUUACAAAACAUGGGGUGUGCCUCUGGUACCAAGUGUUGCUUCUGGAGCAGAGCUUUGGGCGUGGAUGGGUCAUACCCACAACGAGACUACCGAGGCAAUUGACGCACGAUGGCACGGCCUCACCAAUGCACUUGCUGGACUAUUUUGCGCGUCUCUCGGAUCUAUGGAUGCACGUCGCACGAUCACUCCAGAAGUUGCUUUUCGGCCAGAAGGCGAUUUGCCUAGAGACUAUCCUCACAGUCUAAGAUACGCGGCCAUGCCAUCCGAAAAUGUGUGCACCGAAAACCUUACCCCCUUUGUUAAGCUUCUCCCAUGCAAGGCUCACGCCGGAAUAGCUUCGCUUCUCAACCCUCACCGCCUGUUCGAUGCUGACUGGCAUGGCAUGAGCAUUACCGUUCGGUGGUUGGAGAAUACCGGUAUCGAAUUACGAUUAGGGUUUGGUGCGAUCAUGGAUCCCGUCAGAUUAAACUGGUCGUUCCAAUCCCUCUUUGGACGGGGAUUGCACAAGUCAUGCCUCAUUGCGUCAAAGAGCAAGGUGCUUGUUGGAAUGGGGCCCACAAGUGAAGGUUCCGCACUUCUUCCGUAUGGGCAUAAGCUCCUUAAAAUGAGCGAUACCAGGAGUUUGGCCGUAUACGAUGUCAGUCAUAACAAAGAAGAGUUCCAGUUGUCGCAGCAGUGGGUAGAUGAAAAAGUGUUUUCCUACGGACCCGUGUCACCACAAUUGCCUAUCACCGUGCGUCGCGUGCUGACCGGCGCUGAACAAACACAUGGUGGCCUCCUCCUGAGCAUUACCAAUGAAGGGAAUACAGAAUUUACCACCGCCUGGCUGGAAACCAUGCCUUGGUUUAUUCAGUUCUUCCUCCACACAUUGGAGCUUCGCGUAGAUGGCCAAAAACGAGGCGAUACGCUCCAGGUGACGGUAUCGUUCCGUAAGGCAUUCAUCCUAUACACGGAACAUCCACCGGAUGCGCACCGUGGAUGGGACCUUCCAGCUGCUGUUAUUACCCCUCUUUGUGCGGAAGCUGAUUCGAAAACUAUGGAGCUAACACAUCGUUAUGGUCUGGGCCUUGUAGACACGUGCGGUACGCGCCUAUAUACCUCGACACUUUUGGUGGACCUCGCUACUCCGGACUUUAGCAUGCCUUACAAUGUGAUCAUCAUGACCAGCACGGUUGUCGCAUUAUUCUUUGGUAGCAUCUUCAACCUAUUGACUAGAAAGUUUGUGAUUUCAGACGGCCCUCGAUCAGUUUAUAGAACUACCAUCGCUCUUAUGAAGUCCGAACAACUCCGAGUCGCAUAUCUAGGUCCCCAAGGGACUUAUUCACACCAGGCAGCAGCCGCUGCGUUCAAAAACGCCCCAGCGACGUUCCUAUCUUGCAAAACCAUCAGUCAUACCUUUGAAGCCGUUUGUGAAGACCGGGUUGAGUUUUCGUGCAUUCCGCUCGAAAAUAGUCUGCACGGAAGUGUGAUCGAGACUCUGGACCUUUUGAGGGUGGAUCGACCGCUCGAACGCGCUGUUAGUAUCACCUCGGAGUUUACCAUCGGGAUCGAGCACUGUUUAAUAGCGUGCCGCGGCGUUCGAAUAGAAGAAAUUACGAGGGUGCUUAGCCAUGAGCAGGCUCUAGGACAGUGUCAUGAUUUUUUAUCGACGCAUCUUCCCAAUGUCGCACAAGUACGAACUGCUUCGACCGCCUCGGCUGCAGAGCACCUAUUAGAACUCUCAGCAAAGGGGGACUCUUUGGCCCGUUGUUCCGCGGCAAUUUGCUCGCGGAUUUGUGUUGAUAUGCACAAGGAGCUUGAACUAGUCCAGAAUGGCAUACAAGACGGAGAAAUUAAUUUUACUAGAUUCAUCAUACUUUCCAAGAUACCCCUUCCUGCGCAAAUCCGGCUCCCGACCCUGCAACGAGCACUCCUCCGAUGCAUAUUGCCACCCGUCAAUAAAUCCAACGUAUCCAACCCAACAGUAACAUUAAGCUCCAUCAUUAGAUCUAUCCCGAGUGAUAUUCAAGUGCUCCGAGUCGACCGAAGACCCUCGCUCUGCAAAACACCAUUCCACGAUUGUGCUUUCUUAGAGGUCGUGUGCCAACCCCCGCUUUCAGCCGGUGACCACGGUCCAGACACCAUCAGUCAAUUGUGGAGAGAUAAGGUUGCAACAGGGGUGAAAGACGUCAAUAGUCAAGUCCAUGGAGGUGAUCUACCUUGUUGCCGUAUCUUGGGUGCAUGGUAA